AUGAGGUUCCUAUCAACUUAUAUACUCUUUAUGCUCACGGCGCCCACUUCGGCCUAUCGUCCUUCAUUUGACAAGUUCUUCGCCCUAGAUACAGACAGCCAAAUACCCCUCGACCCCACCAUGCCGGACAAGCCGCAGACGCUAUCGCAACCAGGUGUCCUGAUAUCGGAUGUCAUGGGCCGCGACCGCAGCAUCAACGUCUUCGCGGGAUUUGCGCGGGAUGUCGAGGCCGUGGCGAGCCGUCUCGACGAUUCCUCUGUCAACAGUACCGUCCUGGCCCCGCUCAACUCCGCCAUCGACAAGUUGCCCGGAAAGCCCUGGGAGGACCAGAAUGACUAUAACGACUUCGGCGCCACGGCGUAUAAUGGAGACGAUGGCCAGGAGAGGGCCCGCAGGAAUAUCAAGAGGUUUGUGCAGGCACACAUUGUCCCGACGAGUCCGUGGAAAGAGAAUGAGCGGAGCAGGUCGUUGCUCGAUGGCGAUAAGGAGAUUUGGUGGGAGAUGAAGGAUGGUGCUAUGAUGCUGCAACCUGAUGGUAUUGAGGUCCAGAACAUUGCGAGCAAGGUUGGGAAUGGCGAGGUCUGGAUCAUUAAGUCGGUGCGGAAUUACACGUAG